AUCGGCCGUCAAACCUCGGGUUGAUAAGUCCUGUUUCCAAUUUUGUGUUUUCUGCUUUGUAACUUGGGAUUUAAAGGUGCUGCAUUUUCAGCUUUCCCAUCUAGCAAAACAGCAAGUUAAGUUCUGGUCGCUACAAACUCCCAGUCUCUGAAAACUCUGCUUCCCCUUUUCUUCUCUCUUUUUUUUUCCCUUGCGUUUUGAACCGCCCCCAUUCCCUUUUGAAUCGGUGAAUGAGAGAAUGUCUAAAGCCAGGGAAGUAUGGAAAGAUUUCAUCCCUGGAGAGGUCAGGGUGGGGUGGAAAGCGGAGGGGGCUGCAAGGGGGCAGUUUGAAAACAGGAAACCAUGUGGCAGUGAGCAUGCAGGGCCCAGCUGAUGUGAAUGAGCUAUUGAGAGCAGAGAGACUCUCACUGGCCCCGGCAUUACAAAGACAAAAACUUUAGGGUUUCCCUCCCCAAGAAAAAAGCUCUCCCUUUCAAGCUGGAAUAGAAGAGGGAAGAUUGUCUUUUCUGGACAACUAGUUGCUGAGAUCUUUGCUCUGUGUUGCAAACAAACCAAGGAAAAAGUAAAUGGCUGAUUUCCUUUUUUUUUUUUUUUUUUUAUGUGCACUGAUUAAAUCAUAAGUUUCCAUUCCUGGUUUAGGAAAGCAUUAACUUUGAAACUGUCUUUCAUUCACCUGGCCUGGGGGAGUGGGAAGAGUCUUUUUACCUCUUGAAAAACACGUCCCUUUGCUCUCAGUCUCGUUUUGGACCGAGCAAACACACCAAGUGCCUGCAGCCAGAGGUGGAAGAGGCUGGCAGUGAAAAGCUGCUGCUUUUUCUUUUUCUUCCCCCGCUCCCUCCUCUUUUUUUUUUUUCCUCUCUGUGAAUCAUGCUCCCACAACUGCAAAGUAAAUUUGAAAGCCGGGAGAACACUGGUGCAGGACUAAAAAGGCAAGCAGUGACGUCCCAGCCCAAAUCAGGAGGGAGUGGCUUUAUUUCAUUAUUUUCUUUCCUUUUGCCCAGUGCUGUCAUUAGAAAUUUAAACUUAACGCAAACCCAAGCCGUCUUGCCCGGUGAACAGUGAACUGACUCGGAAGGAGGAAAGUACUUUUUUUGUUGUUGUUACUUUCAGUGCAUGAGGGCGUGAAAAACAAAACGCUUUGGUGACAGUCUUUGCGUUGGAUACGGAGAUUGGUUUUUUGGUUUGUUUUUGUUUUCUUCCUGAAUUAGACCCAUCGUGGCUGAGCCUACCUUCUGCAUUUCCACUUGGAGUGUCAGUAUUCCUGCUGCACACAUCUGGCUUUUGUUCUCUUUUCAGGCAGGAUUUUCAUUCUGGUGCUUUUUGGAUAUCAAAGUUGUCUGGAAAACAUUUUUUUGUUAUUAUUACUGUAACAGGAAGGCUGAUACCAUUCUUAGCAGUCACAAAAAAAUAAUCCUAUAUGUAUAAAGCUGUCUUCAAAUAUCUUUUGUUUGCUAUAAGUUCCUGCAUUGCCUGUAUAAGCAAAUCUGUUCCGAGAAGACUUUAUCAGCCAGGCGCAGCGCUGGGAUUUUCGUUUUCCUGUUGAGAAGCUCGGGCAGACUGGUGUGCUGAGACACGGGGACUCCUCUGAGCACGGAUGUGAGAGGUCUGGGGCUCUUGGUGAGCCCAGGUUCAUGGUGGGGUCUGCUCCUCUGCUCCCAGCUCUUUGGACAAAAUGUACGAGCGCCACAAGAGGCGAUACAGCCUGUGCGACAUUUCCAAGGUGGACAGGACUGUAGAUGUUGUGUUGUUAAAGAUCAACCGUGGGAGCUGGUGUCCACUGGAGCCAUGUCCUGACCCCUCCCUGCUGGAGCGCAAGCGCACUCGGGAGUCUCCAGAAUGUGAGAACUUCUUGGAGGAUGGGCUGAGCAGCGUCUGUGCCUCGUCACAGGGUGGUCUUAAAAGAGAGUCUGGGAGUGAGUCUGACCUCUUCCCCUUGCCUGGUGAUGGGAUGGAAGACCUUGUCUUUGGGAAGCCUGAAGAGGAGCAGUCUGCAUGUGAUGUCACCAGCUCCAGCUCCUCUGCAGAGGACACCAUGUCUCUGGAGAGGAACUCAUCCCUGGGCAGCGACACGUCCCUCCCCUUCCCACCCAUGGGUAGCUUCGCCCAGCCCAAGGACAGGCACAGCCUGGAUGGCAGCUGCACCAACAUGAUGUCCUCAGAGGGAGGAGAGAAGGAAGAGGAGCUGGACAGCAUCACGGACGUGCCCACGCCUUCCUCUGUCCUGCGCAGCUCCAUGCGGCCGCUGUCCCCUUUCCGCCGGCACAGCUGGGGGCCGGGCAAGAAUGCCACCAACGAGGCAGAAAUCAAUCAGAGGAGUUACAGCCUAGAAGGCCUUGCUGGAGACUCUGGUGAGAACAAAAAGCCCUCUACAAACCUGGAGGCUUCUUCUCUGAGCUCCAAAGACCUCAGGAGGAUUCCACUUGCCAGCAAUCAGUCCCUGGUCCUGCUCACUGAGGAGCUCGAGCAAGGAGAAAUCAGAGACUACAACCACCAGGUGCAUCAGACAUCGCAGCCACAAGGAUUUAACUUCUGUUCUUCUGCUGUUUCAUCUCCCCUGACUAAAUCCAUGUCUCUAAUGUCAAUUAGCAAACCAGUGCUCGACACCCAGGCCCGGACUCGACCAUCGAGACGAAUCUCCUUCUCCUUCAGCAUCUCUCCACUCAUUCCUAAGUCUAAAACUCUCUUUUCUAUUGGCUCUUCUUCCAGUGAUGAGGAGGAGGAGUUGGAUAGUGCACAGUCGUUGGGCGGCUCUGUGGGCUCCUCAGUGCAGAGCAUAUCUGAAGAGAGCAGCAGUGUCUCUGCUGGUAAAGGUGUAACAAAAGUCAGCCGCACCUUCAGCUACCUCAGGAAUAAAAUGUCCAGCAGCAAGAAGAGCAAAGAAAAAGAGAAAGAUAAAGAGAAGACUAAAGAGAAGGACAAAGAUUCCAAGGAGAAGGAAAAGGAUAAGAAGCUGUUAAAUGGACAUCUCUUCACUGCAACCUCCGUUGUAGCCCAAGCAACCUGUUACCACUGUAUGAAGCCUUUCAAUAAGGAUUCGUACUACUGUGCAAACUGUAAUGCAAUUGUUCACAAAGGCUGUAAGGAGAAUUUUGCUUCUUGUGCAAAGGUCAAAAUGAAGCCACAGAGAGGAAUGCUGCAGGCACACGAUACCUCUUCAUUACCCACAGUAACCAUGAGAAACAAAAGCUCGCAGCCGAAGGAGCGCCCGCGCUCCGCGAUCCUCGCGCCCGACGAGAGCACCGUCACCUCCAGCUUCAGCAACAGGAGAUCCCAGCAGCCCACUGCACUCUCCAAAAGUGUCUCCAUACAGAACAUCGCAGGAGUUGGGAACGAUGACAACUUAAUACACACUUGGAAAUUCCUGUCGCAGUCAACAGACUCUUUACAUAAAAUCAGCCGGGUUAAUGAAUCCAUGGAGUCGCUGGUUGAUGAAGGUGCAGACAUGAAUGAAGGACAGCUCAUGGGAGACCUGGAAUUAGAUUCCAAGCAGCUGGAGGCGGAGUCCUGGAGCCAAGUAGUGGACAGCAAGUUCCUACAGCAGCAGUACAAAGAUGUUGUCAAACGGCAAGAUGUGAUUUACGAGCUAAUGCAGACAGAAAUGCACCACGUCCGCACCCUGAAGAUCAUGAAUGAUGUGUACAGUGCAGCCAUGGUAAAGGAACUGCAGUACGAUCAGCAAGUUGUGGACAAGAUCUUUCCCUGCCUGGAAAACUUGCUGCACAUCCACAGUCAGUUUUUCCAGCGGAUUCUGGAAAGGAAGAAGGAGUCACUGGCAGACAAAAGUGAAAAGAACUUUGUUAUCAGGAGGAUAGGUGACAUCCUAGUGAAUCAAUUCUCUGGGGAGAAUGCUGAGCGAAUGAAGAAAACGUACGGCAAAUUCUGCGGGCAUCACAACGAGGCAGUCAAUUACUUCAAAGAACUUUACUCAAAGGAAAAGCGCUUUCAGGCAUUUGUCAAGAAAAAAAUGAGCAGCUCCCUGGUGAGGCGUCUUGGGAUUCCUGAAUGUAUCUUGUUGGUGACACAGAGAAUCACAAAGUACCCGGUCCUUUUACAAAGGAUACUGCAGUACACCAAAGAAAAUGAAGUGGAACAUGAAGACUUGACUCAGUCGCUAAACCUCGUUAAAGAUGUGAUUGCUGCAGUCAAUAGCAAAGUCAGCAAGUAUGAAAAGAAAAUGCGUCUUGAGGAGAUUUACAACCGGACGGACAACAAGUCCAUCAUGAGGAUGAAGAGUGGCCAGAUGUUUGCAAGAGAGGACUUGAGGCAUCGGAAACUCAUCCGAGAUGGGCCUGUUUCACUAAAAAACGCAGCUGGCCGCUUGAAAGAAGUCCAGGCUGUUCUCCUCUCUGACAUGCUCGUGUUCCUUCAGGAGAAGGACCAGAAGUAUGUCUUUGCCCAACUGGACCAGAAAUCCACUGUGAUCUCUCUGAAGAAGGCGAUCGUACGAGAAGUGGCUCAUGAAGAGAAGGGUUUGUUCCUGAUCAGCAUGGGUGGAAAGAAUCCUGAAAUGGUGGAAGUCCAUGCCAGCUCCAAAGAAGAGCGCAACGGCUGGAUACAGAUCAUUCAGGACACAAUGCACACCAUGGAUAGAGAUGAAGAUGAAGGAGUCCCUUGUGAGUCUGAGUUUGAAAAGAAGUUGUCCGAUGAGAAAGUGAGAGGACUGAAAGAACAACUUCAGCAGAAGGAUAAACAGAUCCUGCUCUUGCUGGAGGAGAAGACGAAGAUCUUCCAGGACAUGGCAGACAGUUCUGUGCAGGAGGAGAUGCCAGGCUCCAGGCUGCUCUUCAGAGCCAACACAGAAGAGGCUCCAAAAGGAGAGGAAAUCAUGAAAACUGCAAUACAUGAAGUUGAACGGCUGCAGCACCUGGUGAACAGGAGCCUGGGCACUGCCCUCGGACAGCAGGUCAGCAGCACUGCCAUGGAUCAGGAGGGAGGAGUUGGCCCCAUCUCACUCCCUAGAAGGGCAGAAACUUUUGGAGGAUUUGACAGUCAUCAGAUGAACGCCUCCAAGGGUGGAGCAAAAGAUGAAGGUGAUGAUGCUCAGGACCUUCGGAGAACAGAGUCAGACAGCAUUUUAAAGAAGGGUGGAAAUGCUAAUUUGAUGUUCAUGCUGAAAAGGGAUAAUGAGCCGGUCCUCCAAACCAUUACCAGCCUCCAUAAGCUGCUCACUGCUUUGCAGGGCGUGGUGCUGCAGCAGGACACCUACAUCGAGGACCAGAAGCUGGCUCUGAGCGAGAGGGCUCCGAGCCGAAGCUCCCGGCCCUCCUCGCUGCUGGAGCAGGAGAAGCAGCGCAACCUGGAGAAGCAGCGCCAGGAGCUGGCCAACCUGAAGAAGCAGCAGACACAGCACCAGGAGGAGAGGAGGAGGAGGGAGAAGGAGUGGGAAGUGCGGGAGAAGGAGCUGGCAGAGCGCGAGGCCAAGGUGGCGCAGCGCGAGGAGCAGCAGCAGAGGCAGAGGCAGGAGCUGGAGCGGGAGCAGGAGGAGCUGCAGGUGAAGAAGGCGGCCUACCAGCUCGACCUGGAGAGGCUGCGCACGGCCCAGAAGCAGCUGGAGAGGGAGAAGUUGCAGGUGAAGCAGGACGUGGAGAGAUUUGCUCAAAUGCGGCAGGAGCCUGACCACAACCAGGUUUCAAAUCUACAUGAGAAACUUGCCAGAGUCUCCUCCCAGUCCAGCACUGAUGAAUCCUCCAUGCAGAAGAACCCUUCCCUUCCUAAACAAGGGCACUUUGAUGCAGAACUGUCUGUCUCCCCCAAAAGGAACAGUCUUUCAAGGACACACAAAGAGAAAAGCACUUUUCAUUUGCUUAGCACAACAAACCAGACUAACAAGGCAGCUGAGGAACAGACCCAGAUGCCUACUCGCCUCUUCAGUUUAGCCAAACCAAAGGAGAAGAAGGAAAAGAAGAAAAAGGGCAGGGGACAUCGCUCCCAGCAGUCUGAUUCUCACUCGUCAGAAGCACCUCCAGAGGGUGAGGAGAUCUUCUGCUGAGCAUGGACUGUUCCAGUGGUCACUCGUGGCAUUGGCACCGUGGACAUCUCCCUCCCUCCCGUGACACAGCAUGCGGCUGGUGCCUGCGCUGGACGAGCAUCUGGAGGUUUUAAAUAAAAAAAAGUUCUGAAGUCUGCUAAGUGGUGGAUAAGGGCCUCUCUCCUGUGGUUUAGGUGAAUUCUCCCUGCAGAGGCUGUGCCUGCCAGGCACACAGGACCAUCUCCCUGUGCAAAACUGGGGUCAAACGGAUUGGGAUAGAUGUUGUCUGUCUCUUCUUACUGCUGAAGAAUGAGAGAACAUAGCCUUAAGGGGGUUGUGCCUUCAAAUUCCCCUUUUCUGGGGAUAAAAGAACCAAAACCAAGCAUUUAGCAAAAGAUUAGGACUCUACAAAUGGUGCGUACACACUGGCAUAUAUAGAUAUACUGUAUAUGUACAUAUAUGUAUCUAUGUAUCCACUGGGAUAUGCUUACAGUCCCUACAGCCAAGGUCCACCCGUGGGGAUGGAUGGAUGAUACCUGAGGACUUUCAGGGAGUGUGUAGAUAUUAAAUAUCUUGCCCUUACUGCUUCAGCUGUGACACAGUGACAUGCACACCCCUUUUGUGCUCAUGGGACAGGGGCUGCUUGGUUUCAGAAGGGUACAUUACACCAGGAAGCAGUAACAGCAUUCAGAAGCAACAACUCAGAGGAUAAAAAUUAAAAUUUAAAAUCAUUCUGAACGAUUUCUGUGGGGCAGAGGAAUCAAAUGUCAAACUGUUUCUAGAGUCAAGCAGAACAUUAUUGGGUAGAUUUAAAAUGGUGCAGAAAAGAGAAUUUUGGUAGGCUGGUAAGGCAAUCCCAGGGAGCCAGAACAGACGGUUCAAAUGGAAACAACAGUAAGCAACAUUUUUUUUAACACAAUCUCUUUGAGCUCCAGCUCACUCCCUCCCAUCCCUGAAGUAAAGAUUAUGCUUUUGCCAGAAUAGAGCAGUUGCAUUUGACAUCCCCAUACAAGGCUAAUGACUGAGUGGGGGAGGUGGCUAAAAAUCUUCUUUUAGGGAUCUUUGUUCUGUUCUUUGUGUUUUUCUUAGCCUGCUUUUUGCGCUGCUGUUGGACUUCUGUUUCUCUGGAUUUUCUCACUUGCCCUGCUGGUUUCUGAGGCAGAGUGAGAGCAGCAGUGUCCGAGCAGGUCAGUGAGACGGGGCAAGCUCCAAGGAGAUGGCUCCUGUCCCUAUGGCUGUGCAAUACCAGGCACUUAGGAACCAUUUCUGGGGAGAAAAAGGUUCUGAUGGACAAACCCCCUGUGGGACAGGUCCAGAGGCCAGCGUGGUGUGUCCCCGUGGCUCUGGGGUGGAGUGUUUGUGCAGAACAGGAAGGUCCAAGGGCAGCUCUUGCUGUGCCAGCUGUGGGGUGUCUGUAGAGUUGUACAAUACAGGCAUGUGUUCAGUGGGGGAGGAGAAAUGCAACAAGACAUACUUUUCUCAAAAAUCACCUUUCUUCCAAACCCUGUCAGGAUAAUUACCCAAGUGGAUUUGUAAAUGGUUACCAGCUUCAAAAUAGGUCAAGCUUUUGCUCAAGAGUUUAAAGCUGUCAGGUACAUUUCCUUUCCUACCAGUUUGUUUUUUUUUCUUUGAAAUAGCAAAUAAUUUCUCUUCUUGUACUAUUGUUUGAUUUCAGUUUGCCUUCAGGCUUGUCAUGAGCUGGUGACCCGCAGCAAUUUUCAGAGUUACUGCUGAUGAGUAUCAGCAGCAUUGAUGGUGAGGUGGGUGCUUGGGCUGGGCUGUCUUGGUGCAGGAACCCUGCUUGCUUUGGAAGCUCUCUACACUAUUAAAACUCAAAAGAAAAAGAGAAAAAAAAUAGAAAGGAAAAAGGGUUGAGAUUUAUUUUUAUUUUGGUUUUUUUUAAUAUUAUUUGGUGCUUGUUCUGAAUUGCAAGCAGGGCUUGCAAAAAUAUUUAUCUUUCAUUUUAUCUGAAAGAGUUUUUUUUUAAAGUUUACUUGGUUUUAUUUUUUUAUUUCUUUUUACUUUUGCUUUUGUUUGGGGAAUAGUUUGAGGUUUUUUUUCUCUUCCACUCCCCCUUUUUUUUUUUUGUUCAUUUAUUUGUUUUGUUUUCUUACCAAAAGAUUGGUAAACCAAAUGUUCUCAUCUCCCUGUUUCCUACAAACCAUGGGGUUGGGCAGUGCUCCUUCCAUGCCCAAAGUCACACAAUUUCAGCUGAGAGCUUUCUUCAAGGCAGAGCAUCUUCAGGCCUAAAAAAGUCUGGAAUAAGACACAAUGACUUCAGACAGGGCUCCUCCUGUCAAUUAGUUUCCAUGUCUAAACAUUUUGGUUAGGUUUUCUCAUUCCCUUUGGAGGCAAAGGAAAAAGCAAAGCAUGGAGUGCCUUGCAGUGAUAUGAGGGUGUAGUUGCUCUCCAGACCUGAGGGGAGCUGAUGGAGGCAUGUGCUGAUGGUGUGGUGUUACCUUUUUCAUAAGAAAACCACCAACUUCAGAAAGUCCCUUCUGCCCUGCUGUUCACACAUCUGAAAACACUGAUGGGCCAAGCUGAAAUUUCUGGAAACCAAAGCAGUGUGUGGCUCAUGUGCUGUUGUGUGAGCAGAGAUCAGGGCACUGGUACACCUGAGUUCCCUCAGUCUGGAACAGCCUUUGCCUCUAUAAACUUUUCCGUUUAUCCCACUGUCUUUUCUCCAUCCCAGCACAUGCUAUAUUCACAGCACAGCAGUGUUCCGUGGCUCUGAGAAGGGCACCAAAAGGCAGGUGAGUGACCCAGGGCAGCAGGAUUGAGUCUGCCUGGCUUCACCAUCUCUCCUGACCUGUGCAAAUCAAAAAGAGCAUUCAGUGCCUGAAGUGUAAAUAGUAUUGGCUCAGUGAUCUCCCAAGGUCCCUGUGGUUCCUUGACAGAAACCACAGUUGUGAGUCAGAAAUACACUGGCCAGAAAUCUUGUGUACCAAGCUGUUUGUGUCUUAAAUUCUGGUGGACAGACCUUUGUCCCUGGAGGAUGUCUGUUACUGUAUGAUUCACUUUUUUGGAAUUAUGCCUCUCCUCCCACACUGCUUCCUCCUUCUUUCACCUUUAGGAAGGUAAGGACUUGUUUUUAUCUCUUUUAGCCUUUUAUUUUUCCCAUCUCAGGUUUUCUUUAGAAAGGCUUGGCAUAGGUUCCCAGAGUCAGAUGCCUGCUCUGAUCCCUGAAGGUUGUCUAGCAUUGUCUGCUAGAGUAUUGUCCCAGCUUGACAGCACCAAAACCUUUCCUCUUCCUGGCCUUAAAAUUGCAUUUGCUCCAGUUCCAUGCCUGGCAUUCAUCCCGCAGUUGUUGAAAGCACGUUAUUUCUUCAGCCCAGCCUGCUGCUAGUUCCCAGAGCCAGUCCCUCGGUCCAUUUGGUGCACCCAAACCACCCUGUUCUUCCUGGGACUCACUAGGUUCAAAAACAUCUCUUUGAAGCCCAUGUUGUUGGAGUAGGGAUCCUGCGAGGGCUCUUGGAGCUGUUUGUGCUGGUGUUUCUUGGAGGACAGAAAUCAGAUUUGAUUUUCUUGGGCUUUUUUUGGCCUGGUCUUUGCCACUGCCCAACAGGAGGGGUUUCAGUGUCCAGGGGAAGUGAGAGUGUGGGCUCAGACAGGUACAGAAGUGGCCAGUAUGAGCUGGGGGUGCCAGAAUACCCAGCAGCAGAGAGCAGCUGUAGCAAAGGGUGGGAGACUCCGUAGGGCUGUGUGAGCUUGGCCUCAGGUUCUUUUAAAUGAAGUGAUCAUCUCAACACAUAACUUGAUGUCAGUUUGAUGCCAUAAAGCACUUUAAAUGGAACUGGUCUUGCCCCUUUUAAUUACGGUUAUUUGGAGACAAUCAGUUUUUGCCAUUGCUUCCCCCUCUGUAUCCCCAGCAAAAUCAGAGCUUCAAGUAGGCGUGUUCCUGGUUUGGUUUGGCUUUUCCCCGAGAGGGGAGGAAGUGCCAAGCCUUUUGUAUUAUUUUUAGACCAAAGUGGGUGUGAAUCUGUCUAAUCUACAGUCCCACUGCAGAUAGGUUAAGUGGCAGGAUAAGAGAACUGGCUUCUAUUGGCUCAGGUACAUCCCCCAGGAGAGCCCUUGUCAGCCUCACCAUCACCUUCCUCAUGGCAGGUAGGGAAGCAGCCCCCCCAGUGGUUUUCCCUCCAUCUCCUUUUCCUUGGAGAAACUCAGAGUGAAGAAGAUGUGAAGGGAUGCAUCCAAAUAAGUGAGGCCCUUUCCAUGCACCAAGGUGUUCACUGUCCAGGCCACUGUUCACCUCCCAGUGCCCUCCCUGGGACAGGAGCUGUCAUCCCCACUGAGGGUGGACUCUUCCCUCUGGAGGUGUGGCAGCACAGUAAUGCCAUCAGCUUGUGUGGAUUUGCAUCCAGAGAGUCCAAUCACCUUUGCACCUUCCUUGAGUCACUAGGAGACAUCACAGCUGUUGCUGAAACACCCAGUUCCAGUCCUUCCACAUGCCACCUAGUCAGAAGAGGUUCUUCAGGUGCCAAAUCCCAAGGAAGCUGUCUAGGAUGUCUAUGGCAUGGAGCAAGGGAGGACUGGGCAGGGGACACAGGAGAGUAUCUGCUAAAAUCCCACAAAACAUUCCUUGAACUCUGGAAAUUAUUGUGCCUGCUGGCCAGGUUUGGGAAUUUAUCAUGAUUUAGGGCACCCUUUUAAAUAAAAAAAAAACCUCCCCUGUUGCUCAUAACUCUUGCUUCAUUUGUCAGAAGGGGCAGCAAUCCACAAUUCUUAAUUGGUGAUACAGCUAACUUUUAAAUAUAGGCGAGCUGAACUGGCCAAAUCUCCUACACCUUGUGCUCUUCAGUCAUGAGAAGUGUAACACCAGCUCCCUUCACACCUGCAUUUCCAGGGCUCUGUGCCCUUUCCUUCCACGUGCAUUUCACUGACACUGAUGCUUUGCCCAAAUAUAGUUCAGCUUCCAUUGCUAGGGGGGAGGGGGGAACAGGAUAACACUCACUGCUUUGCAUACAGCUAUGAGCUUUGUAUGUAUUUAAACUGUUUAUAGCUUUCCAUCCUUUCCACGCUGUAAAAUAAUGCUACUAUUUUCUUUAUCAAUAUUAAACACUGACUCAAAAAAAUGAUGAAAUAAAAAUUACGUCUGGUUCAGUUCGCCUAUGGUUAAAGUUUAGCCUGGUGUUUAUUUUGUACUAAUAUGGAAUGCACUUGAGUAAUUCCCACAACAUUAAGGUGUAUUGUAAUAAUCUGAUAUACCUCUGUUUUUGGUUUGUUUCUUAUUGAAAAGAAAAAGAAAAAAAAAAGCUUUGCCUUUUCAUGUUGAACCCAUAAAGAAAAGUUGGAAUAAAAAGAUUUUUAAAGAAGAGGGUAAAACCUAAAUGCUGUAUGUUAAUUUGUAAUUAUGUAAAAAGUGAGCAGGUUAUUGACUGUAAAAUUCUUCAGUUUUUCUGUAACUUGCCAGAAUCCACUAGGUUUUGUAACAAGCUUUUAUUUAUCUUCCUUUUUAGUUAUCAGUACCAACCUCUUGUAAAGUCAUUCUUCCACUAAAUAAAUUUGAUUUUAAGUCUGA